CAUUCUGGGAGGGGGUGAAGGGUCACACUCAGGCAGGUGGAAAUGGUGGAAGGUACUGAGGAGGUUGCAAUCCAGAAUCUUCAGGUAAAGACGAUCCAAGGACUUGGCUCUUCAGUGUUAAGUCAUGCCGCAUGGUGAAUGAUUGAAAUAGAAGACUGCCAUGGCAACAUGGGUGGAAGGGAAACCUGCCACAACCCCAAAGAACACAUUGAGUGAUGUGAAUGAAAUUGUAAAUGAUACAAAGUCUCCUUGGGCUUGCCUGAGCCCUCUUUCAGAUGCAAGCAAUAAAGCCCUUGAACCUGUGACUCCAGUUUCUCCACAUUUAUUUGAUAGUGAUUGCAAACUGAAUUAUAAUUUGGGUUCAGUAACCAACCCUGUAGCAGGACCAAAACCAAGACUUACUGCAAAACCGUUCUUUUUGGAAACGUCAGCAGUGCCAUACACAUCAUUCAGAAACACGCAAGCACCUCUCACACCUCCUAAGCCUUUAAGUGUUACUUCUAUGUUAACAUCAUCAAGGAAACUGGCUGCAGAUACAGAUGAUGCAAAAGUGAGCUUCAGGAACACAGAGGCAAAAUGUGCAUCGAGUGGAACUGUGUUGUCGGUAUUGUCUUCCUUUGCACAAAAGUAUUCAGUGGGGUCUGACAAUAAAAGUCGAAUGAGAGCAUGCAAUUUCCAGGAUGGUGAUACUGCACUCAACUUAAAUUCAACAACAGCACCAACAAAUAGCAACAUGGUGGUUUCUUCUUCGACUGCCACCUUGAGUUCUGAAAAAUCGACAGAAGAAAAGAGUGAAUGUUCUGAAACAGAACCAACUACAGUUGUCAUUUUGGAAACUUCUGUACAGAAGUUAAAAUCAAAGAAGUCCAGUGAAGGCAUUAAAGAUGCUGAAGUGUGCACAGACAGCAGUCAGGAUCAAGAGUCACAAAGUACAUUGCAGCCUUUUAAGCUGUCGAGGUUAUCCAUUCGUUCGAGGAAGUAUAGCCCAAGUGCCACACAAGGGUUUGAUACACCAAAACCUGAAUCACUCUCGAGAGCUUCUUCAUUGAGAUGUUUAGGAAAAUGGGACCUGGUUACAGAAGAAGGGCAAGACAGAAUGAAGGAUAGUACUGAAAACCCAUCUUCACCCAGGCUCCAUUUAAAGAAACCUGGUCUAUUUUCUGCUUGGCUUUCUGAAACCACAGAUGACAACAAAUCAGAGAGCACCAUAAAACAGGAUGAAAAGCCUUUUACUGCUGAAAAACCUUGGCUUAAAAAGCCCAGGCCUUUAUCAAUGGACCUUACAGCCAGAUUUGAAACCUCGGCUCACAAGAGAAAUAUUCCUCCCUCAGUGGACAUUAAAAAAAAUGUCCCCAUUAUUAAAGCUAAUAGUGCAGUCUCCUCAGAUACCAGCCAUAGUGCAGGAGUUGAACAGGAAGACUCAGCAGCAGUGGCAGAAAAGUGCCAGUCUUCAGCUUCUCCAAAUGACCAAGAAGACAAGACAGAUAGCUGCAUUAUUGUGGUGAAAGAUAAGUUUGAUAAAUGCCCAAAGGUGGAUGAUAGUGAAAAAAAUAUCAAGGCACUCCCACUGUGUGACAGAAACAGCAAAGAGAAAAUUACUUCUCUGGAAAGAAAGAUUGCGUGGGAAUGUGACCCUACUGACACCAAAAUCACUGCUGGUCAGGGGAAAGAGGAAAAGGAAGAAAGAAUAUUUACCACAUCAUUAAAAACUGACAAGGAGAAGUUAGAACCUGACCAUGAGCAAUUUAAAAAAUGGACAAAUAAGGAGUUGGAUAAAGAAUGUUCUGAUCUUGACCGAACAUCAAAGGAUGAAAUCUCACCUUUGGGCUCAGGUGAUCAGGGAAGUAGAGGAAAUAAAAUUUCUGGUGGAAUGAUUAAAAGGCGCAUAACUCUCCUCUUAGAUUCUGCUGGCGGGAGCACAGCAAAAACAGACUGUUCGCAGUCUACCACUGAGACAGAAAAGGUAGACAUUCCUGUCCGGCAACGAAUCCAAACCUUUACUUCAGAGAACAAAUAUUCCAAACGAGAACAACUCCAGAGUUCCCAAAGACAAUCAUUUAAGCCCAGACCUCUGUCUUCAGACAUAACCAAAAGGUUUGAGACUCAAACAAUUGGCGAUGAAGGUCAUCACGAGAAGCAGAUGGAUAUGACUACCUCUUCAUCUCCAGACCAUUCGAUCUUGCAAAACACUCAAGAACAGGAUGGGAGGGAGAGCCGAGAAAAAGAAAUUGAUGAUCAAAAGGACGUGACAAAGAAUGAAAAGCACUUGAUGGACACUACCACUGAAUUUAGGUGGAGCAGACGUCAGUCAGUGAAGAAAGUGAGCCAAGCCUUUGAUAACCUUGCCUCAGAUGACAAAACUCACUCUGAGAAAAUAAGCAGGAGAAACACCUUCAACAGGAAGGAUGAGAUGAUGAAGAGACAAAUAAAUGACAGCAGUGAUCCUGCGAGUAAUCCUUCAAUGACCAGGGUUAGCGCACACAGUUCAGGUGGACAGAAAACAGUCACUUCAUCUGUGGACUCUGACUUACGCAUAAAAACUGUAAGAGUCUCUGUUGUUGAAAAUGAGAUCCAGCGUCACAAAGUACCAGAGGUUUUACGUUCAGAAGAUCUUAUCCAGUCCUUCGAUAAAAGCAAGAGAUCAGAGCACAUUGCUCAGCCUGAGCUGAAACAUUACACUACAUUGAAAAUAUCAUCUGACGUGAUGUGUAAUGAUACAGAGACCAAUAAAACUAAGCCUUUGGAGCUUGAAGCCGCAGCCUUAGGGGAGCAAAGAAAGACUCAUUUAAAAUCUGAGGAAGAAAGAGUUCCCAGGUUUUCGGUAAAUGCUCCUCCUUCCUCAAAAGUUACUGCACAAAACAUUUCUGAUUUGUUAUUAUCCACAACUAAAACUGAUGUCUUGCAAGAUGCAAAUGAGAAAGCAGUCAGUGCCCUCCCUACAACAAUUGACUACACAGUCACAACUCACAGCAGGAGGAAGUCACAUUCUCCAAUGAGCCAAACCAAACUCGAAGGGAAUGUUUCUGGUGCAAAGGGAUAUUGGAAUCAGUCACUUCCAGCUGAGAACAAUUCAACCCUCGAGACACCACCAACUGCACCAAAUUCUAAAAUUAAAGUAGCUGAGGUGCUGAACCCUAUUCAAAAUCAGUCAUCUCAUGUUGAGAUACGAACCCCAGCCGUAGUGGACUCAGAUAAAGGUGAAAAGAAGAAUAUUAAAAAGAUUCAGCCCAAUUCCCACCGUAACACAGAACUAUUACUCAUGUCAAAAGACAGCUUUAAAGAAUUUCGUUUGAAAAAGGACAAUGAAGCUACCAAUCAGGAGCGCCUGUCCUCUGCUGGGACCGUUGAUGUGAAAGAUGCAAAAGGCAGUAAUGAUGUAGAAGGAUGUAAAGGAGCAAGGGUGUUGCAGCAAGAUGAUGGAAUUAAAGAAUUCAGUGCAAAUGUCCAGCCAAAGGAAGGGAAGGAUAACGGAAAGAAAAAGACACAUUUGCAGCCCAUCUUUAAAUCCUCUCCAGAAGAUCACAUCUCUGAUUUUUCACCUGGGAUGAGUUAUUCGAAACACAGAUAUACAUCUGAACUACUGCCUUCUUCUGACAGUCGGUCAGUUGAUAGAUCAAAAGAUGUGUUCCCUGAAGAGAACCUUCGAAGUCAUCCUAAGUUAAUCGCUUCAGCCAAACCUAAAACAACCCUGUUGACUGAUGCAUUCCUGGACAUGCCAUGGACAAAUGGAGAGGAUAAUUCUUCAGAGGAAAGCCAUGUAACACCAAGCACAAAAGACCUGAAAAGGGAAGAGUUUGAGAAUUUAAGAAAGAGCAAGGUUAUUUCACGUCGUAACAGGCAUACUAUAUUAGAUCUUGAUACUUUGAUGGCAGAGUGGGGGAAAGAAAUGACUAAAAGCAAGAAUAAAGAGUCAAAGUCUUCUCUUUAUCAUGAUAAAAUGUAUAAUGACCAUUCCAGUCCUUGGCAAAGUCCUUUGAUGACCAGUUCUUAUGUUUCUAGUUUUUAUAAUGAACAGUCAUCCAAAAAGAUGACAAAAUCUGCUGAUCAGGGCACUGAAAUAUUAUGUUCAUCAGAUAAAGACAAAAAUACAGCUGAAGUGCUGAAUAAAAAACACCUGCAACGUAAUAGUGUCUUAGACCUAGAUGUAUUGAUGGCUGAAUACAGAAAGUCUGUAGACAUGGCUCGAGAGCCCAUCUCCUCGAAGCUAGCUGAAGGAAAAUCUCCAAAUGUGAAAAUUCAGAAGAGCUCAUCAUUUACAUCUCGUGAAGUAAAGACCUAUAAGAAAACUGAUAGAAUAAAAGACUGUUGUGAUGAAGAAAUUAAAAGGGAUGUGUCUGAUGGCAUGCCUGCUCUUGUCAAGAGACAAUCCAAGGAUGAGAGAUGGAAGAGCACUCCAUCCUUGGCCUACAAUGAAUAUCAUAAAUUGGAAAAGAGUGAUCUUUGUUCAAAUGGUCAGAAGUCAGAGGGUAAACGAAUCCAAGAAAUGGAUACUUUGACCAGCACACCUGCCAGUUUAAACAGGUGGCCUAAGCAUGACAAAAUGAAAAGCAGACCAUCCUCAACCUAUAUAAAGCAUGGGGAAGUGGAACAGGCUGAGGCUGUGACAAAUGGACUAAAAUCUGAUGGUAACAGAGAGAAAGGAAAACUCAGAGAGGAAGAUCAGAGUGAUCCAAAGCCAAGGCAUAGAAAAAAUAGGAGUGAAGAAAGAAAGUUAGAAAUAACCCCCAUUGAGAAAGAACGUUCACCGCAAAUAUUUGAUGGUCAUUGCCCUGACAGUAAAACUGGUGUCUUGGAUUAUUUGACCAGAUCAAGGAGAUUGGUUCACAAUUCACCACACUUUAUUUUGGAGAAGGAAAAGUAUGUUGAGAUGUCAGUUGAUAAUGAGAUGUGUCCAACAGUAGGAAACAGACCUAAAAUCCAUAAAGAAGAUUGUGAACAGAAAUCUCCUCAGGUCAAGAAUGAAUUUUCGAAAGAUCCAAAACAGUCAGUCUCGGAGUUUACAAUGUCAAGGCUUUUGGAAAGUUGCAAGCAGAUACAAAAGGCGGUCGAUAGUCUGAUUAUGAAUCAGGAAGGAACAUCAAACUUCAGAGGCCAAGAAGGAAGAAAGAGCUACUCAACUGGGGAAGCUCAAAGCCGAGUCUCAGAAACUAUGGGGUCAUACAGUGUGGAAAAGGAGCAUCCUCCUGCCCCCCCAAGCAAGACACAGAGGAAAAUCAGGGACGUGACCCAGUUGACCUCAAAGACCAAGAAACAGAAUGAGAAGAAAGUGUAUUCCCGGUGCAGUGUGCACCAGGAAAAGAACCAAGAUCCGAAGGUGGACAGGGUGACACAAUGCUGUAUAAGCCCCUCUACAAAGGCGAAGGACACUGAUGCCCUAGUACAAGAGAGAGACCAGUUUUGCAGCUCUGAUGAGAGGGAACAAUAUGGCACGUGUGACGAGAGAGGGUCCAGCACAAAUGAAGAGGGUGAUCCGUACUGCAAAUACCUGGAGCACAAACAAAGUCAGCAAGAAAACUAUAAGCCAUUGUCACCCUACAAGGAAUCCAGUUCCAUUCCGGCUACAUCCCCCAGAAAGGAACAUGUGCGAAGUCGAGCAUCGUUAUCCUCGCAGUCAGAGAUGACCCCUUCCAGUGAGCAACCGAGCUUCUUCCAGGACCCAAGAAAUAUCAAUUAUGGCCUUUCAAGCUGUGAAUUGGAAUCGCCAGAUGAUACAGACAGUCUCCAGUCCACUGAUCCAUCUACGCAAAUUUGUCCAACUCCCCAGGGAUUCUCAUUUUUGGAGCCCGUUACCACACUGGACAGCUAUGCUCAGAAGAGUCGGAUACAGCUUGGCAGGAAAACUUUACGUCGGGCACCAACAAAGCACAAGAAAUCAGGCUUUGGAGACCAACCUGAUGGCACGGACCAGUUCGUCCAAGGGAACGAUGAUUCCUGGAUGUAUAAAGAUUCCACAGAGUACAGGCCAAGUGCACAUGAAGAAUUGGUUGACGAGGAGGUCGUAAGACCCCAGAAGCUUCCAAUAUCACAGUGUCCACGAGUUGCAAUGUUUCCUGGGAUGGACCCCUCAGUACUAAAGGCCAGUCUGCGGAGAAAUAGAACAGAGAAUGACAAUGAUGAAGAUGAAUCAAGCUGUGAGCAGCAUUGCAGGUCUUGUAGCCCUCCUGCUCAGCAAGGGCUCAGGGUGAUGCCAUGUAUAAAUAACAAAGGGGAAGGGUCAGAUGAAAUGCCUCCUGCGUGGUUACAGGAACUAAAAUCAAAGAAAAGACUGAGUCAGCAUCAACCAGACAGGAAGAAUGAAUGAAAAUUUCCAAGAGGAAAAUGAGUCUGAUACAAGCCUUAACUGUCCACCAACUUUAAAAAGAAAAAAAAAACGUGCUGCUGCUGUUGCUUCCUGCCUCGCUACCUGCAUGGUGCCUUCCCAUAGUAAUUUGUGAAUAGGCUGCUUAAAGGUUCAUACAUGAAAUAGAAUAAUGCUAUAUUUUGUCAGAUGCUAGGGUUCAUUGCCUGAAACCCUAAGAAAUGUCACUUUAAAAAGAAAUAACAAAUAAUAAAUAAUAAAGAAAAGUCAAAUGGCUGUGAUUGAGCUGGGUGCUCUCCACAGUGCUUCAGUUAAAUGGGUAGUAUGUGUGGAAAGAAUGUGACCCAGGAAGUUCAGUCGUACAUGGCUGCUCACCUGCUGAAACUACAACUAUUCAGGAAAUCCUUGGAUAGUGUGCUAAUGUAAAGAACCAAAUGCUUUGGAAUGAAAUUCACCACCUACCUGACUAGGACUAUCCUCCAUUGUUGACUCUUUUUGAGAACUGCUGAGGCUUUGGUGCUAGUGGAAUAAAACAAAAAGAAGGCUCUAAAAAUCAAUUCCUUACUUUACUGUGUUUGCAUCAUCUUUUCAGGUGAUCCUGUUUCAUAAUAUUGGUGAGCUCCAUACAAUGGUACAUUUUCAUAUCAUUUGUGUCCAUUGGAUGCCAUGUAUGUAGCAGUGUAUGUGUGCAUCAGGAGAGUAAGUAUUAAACCACCUUUCCUAUUCCCCUUAGUGCAGUGGGAAUUGAUUUCUAGAAUCUUUAUUUCAUUCACUCCUCUUCAACUCUUGUUAAGAAGAACUAGACAGUGUGUGUCUGUUUUUAUAAAAUGUAAACAAAAGAACAAAGUGUUUACCACCAUGACUGGAAUGCAAGCAUGACUGACUGGUAUGAAUCAAUUUGAUUGGCUAGAUGUAGAAAAAUCUUUGCAAAGUACUUGUAUCAUUGGCGGAAACCCUUUUUUUUUUUGAAUACUGAUUUUCACAAGAAACAUUCACCUGUGUUUUAUGAAUUGUUGAAAUAUCUGCCAACCUGCUAGGUAGGCAAAAUGCCUUGUUAAAAUAUUAUGCUUCUGUUCAAUAUAUAGAGAAAUAUUUCUUUUUCUUUUUUUGUUUCCUUCAGACGCAGGGAGAAAAGCAAUAACCUGUUAAAACUUAGUAACUGCACAAGCAGUGUAAAUAUUUGUACUUACUUUUGGUUUGCCUUUGUAAACAAGUAGUAAAUCUGGCAAGGAAAAGACUGGCUUCAUACCUGAAAAUGUGGCUGACUGGAGCUCCAACCCCAUCCCAACCAUCCCUAUUAGACAGUGACUGACUAUACCCCUAAAAUCUAGGGUGAACAGAUAUCUAUUGUUUUUACUGGAUGGUUUUGUUUUUAGCCAGUCUGGCCAUUGUCCAGUACUGGGUGGCAUUGCAUUAGCUGUUUUGACUUCUAGUCUAGUUAGCAUGGGCCAUGCUUAUUCCUUUUCUCAUCUACAGCAGUCUUCGAUCGAUGAGUUGCAAAAUUCAGAUUUGUUUUGAUACUUCCCAUCCAUCCCUCAACAGCACAGAAUCUCUAAAUGGGAGAAAGGAAAUCAAUUCGCCUGUUGAUACCUCCCCACCCCCCCACACCCCGAACACAUGGCGAUGUCACACCGUGAAUGCUGACAUCAUCCGGCGUGCGAUUGUGUCACUUGACCUGCAUCACAAGGGUGUUGGAUGUCGAUGGCCUUUGGCACCGACCAUUGAAGAUAUUAGGGCAAUAUUUGACAGUGUCAGACAAUCGGCCAACAGCCCCAUCAUUCAUUGGGAUAAAAUAUUAGACAGGGGGUCAAUCAACUCACAAUCUCCUCCCAAGUGCCAAUAUGGGCAGAAGCUGGGAAACGGGUUACCUAUCUGUCCCCCAACCGUGUUGUACCAUGGGUAGAUUCACAGAAAAGGCAGAUAAUAGGAAAUUGCAGGAUUAAAAUAAAGACUAUAGAGUAAUAGUUAGAGGCCUGGCACUACGUCAACCUGUUUAUCCUUUAUUACAGACCUUGGAAUAAUUGCUCCUUUAUAUUAUACUACUAUAGCAAAUAGAAAAACAAAGGAAGUGACCAUGUCACUGGUGCAUCCUGCAGUUACCCUCUUCCUAUCUGUCUUCUCUUUGUUCUACCAAAUAAAGUGGAGUUGCAACAUAAUAAAAACAUAUCUUAGAUAUUACUGUUGAUGCAUACAUUUAAUAACUGAGGGAUUUCCCUGAAUCCAUUCAAUAAAAGUCCUGCACGCAAUUAAUGAAUUGUUGGAGAGAAGGAAGCUUGUGGCAUUAAUGCAGUGUAAAAGAAAUAUUGAAUUACUAGGAAUGACUUUAGUCCUUCAGUAACUUAAUCGGGUCAAGCUUCAGUCACCGCCACCUUUAUCUGGUGAUGAGCUGCCAUAGAUCUUGUGCCAUGUGUUUACAUUCCUAUCAUUCUACAAAGGAAACUUUAGUUAUUUCUGUAUCAUUACUGUGGUAAAGAGCUGGGUUUUCUUUCUCAAUGUUCAGAUAAUGCACUGAAAUGAGACUGAACUCCUGAGAGGAAGUCUGGAUGUUGUAUAUUUUUUAUGGUGAAACAUUCAGAAUAAAGCUUUACGGAGUGUAAAAUUCCUAUGAUUUUGGCCAAUGUACAUGCUUAACCUUCCACACUGAGAUUAUGUUAAGUGCCUGUCUUUAUACUCACUUUACUCAAGUUUUUAAGAUUGGUUUCUAGUUAUUUAGCCAAUUCAAAAUGUAGCCCAUUGGAAGAAACCAGCUGAUGACUUCUUGCUCAUGAAGAAAGCUAACAUAGCAAACCUUUCCCAUCUACACCAAUCUGAUUAGAUAUAAAAUUAAUGUCAUUCUAUAUUUGCCACCUGACUAUAACCAUUGGUUGUUUUUACUAAAAUGAAACUUUUGUUAUUGUAUCGUUGCUAAAAUAAAAGCAUUCCAAAUGUGCCCCAGUAAAUGAUGGGAAACCUAAUGUUGAAAAGUUACUGUACUUAGAUUACUUUGUUUAAGAUGUUUCAACUUGUGUCCACUUUGUUUAUUGAUUGGUUUGGAAGAUGCAAUACAAACUCUCUGGCAUUUCACUGUGUUUCUUGGGUUUUUUAAAAAAUCAUUUAAAGAUCAGGUAUUAUCCAUGUUGCCAUCCUCUUUGUACCUAACGGUGUGUAAUUAUGGGCUUGAGUUUCCUCCAGAGUUUUGGAUUUCUACUAAAUCAGGAGGUUAUCGAGUUUCCUGGUAAGGGUAACAUCUGGGUAAUUGCUAAUGUUGCACAAGUCUCUCUAAAUCUUUAUUCUGAAUGUAAAUUUUAUGAGAAUUACAACAAAGUAUGUGGUAUUUUAUAUUUUAAAAGAUCAACGAUGGUGAAUGCGAUGCCUGUAAUCUCAAAAUCCUUUUUUUGUAUUUUAGUUUUACAAUCUGAUCAAAGUUUAUUCAUUGUGUAUAAAUGAGUCCUUUGUUAUGAUUAAUGGA